AAACUAAAAUUAAAUUUAAAAAAAUUGCAACAGCUUGCGCCUUCGUCGCCGGUUCGACCGACUUUUUCCCGUCCCUUCGAUGCGGCCUCUGUCAUUUCUUCGUAUGCUGUCUGUUCGCCGCCUCUCUUCUACCGUCGUCUUCCCUCCGACCUCGGUCGACCCCGACCUUCUCCUCCGCCUCGCCACCGUGCUUUACCAGCAUCAGCAAGCCCCUGACGCCACUCUCCACGCCCGCCUUCGCACGAUCCCCCUUCCCUCCUCCCCUCCCCAUCUACACGAGCUAUUCCUCCAGGUCUGCAACCGCUUCUCCUCCUCCUGGCGUCCCGUCCACCGCUUCCACCUCUUCCUCCUCCGUUCCUUCCCCUCUUUCGCCGAUACGCCCAUCUCCGCCUCCAAGAUACUCUGGGUCUACGGCCUUGCUCGCAAUCUCGACCUCCUUUGGCGCUCCUUCCUAGACGCUUCCGCGUCCGGCCUCCUCUCCCCUGGCGCCAUCUGCGUCGCCGCAGCAGCUCUCGCCGACGCCCGUGAGAUCAAGAAGUGUGUUGAGAUCUUCCACCACCUGAGCGUCCACCACGAGUCGCUCUGCAAUGUCGACACCCUAAAUAGAGUAGUCCGGACAAUUUGUGAGAAGAAGCGGCUACCGGACGUCGCCAAGGCCGUAGUAUGGAAGGUGAAGCCCAUCGUCGCCCCGGACGAAGCAACCUACCGGUUCCUCGUUGUCGGGUUCUGUCGGGCGGGGGAUCUAGUGGAAGCAUCCAAGGUCUGGAACCGAAUGAUCGAUACGGGCGUGGAGCCGGACACGGAGUCCUACGAGGAGUUUGUGGUGACCAUGUUCAAGAACAAUCGCUUCGAGGACGCGAUGCGGCUCUUUAAAUCGAUGCGGGAGCAAAGGUAUCAUGAUCUUGGACUUGAAUCUUACAGAAUUGUGAUAACUUGGAUGUGCCAGGAAGGGAGGGUGAUGUAUGCAUCCAUGUUGCUCGGCGAAAUGCUCAAGAGAGGGGUGGAGAUAGACAGCCCCACAUUGGGGGCUCUGGUCUACGGCCUUCUUGCUAGGAGAAAGGUGAAGGAAGGCUACAAGAUCUUUAACAAUGUAGCAACACCUGACAUAAGCCUCUACCAUGGCUUGAUCAAGGGCUUGCUUAGGCUGCGGAGAGCAGAGGAGGCUACCCAAGUCUUUAGGGUGAUGAUAGAGAGGGGCUGCGAGCCCAUCAUGCACACAUACAUAAUGCUACUGCAGGGGCACCUGGGUAAGAGGGGGAGGAAGGGGAGGGAUCCCAUGAUAAAUUUUGAUAGCAUCUUUGUUGGGGGGUUGGUGAAGGCUGGGAAGACACUGCAGGCUACCAAGUAUGUGGAGAGGAUAAUGUGGAGUGGGGUUGAGGUGCCAAGGUUUGACUACAAUAAGUUCUUGCAUUACUUCUCUAACGAGGAGGGGGUCUCCAUGUUUGAGGAGGUAGGGAAACGGUUGAAGGAUGUUGGUUUGUUCGAUCUCGGCGAUAUUUUUUUAAAUUAUGGGGAAAGGAUGGCUACUAGGGAUAGAAGGAGAAAGGCCAUGUCACCACGUAAAAUUGAUAUAUAGGUGUGUGGUUUGAAUGCUAGUUAGUGAUUGGUAUAAAUGCUAUCAUUUUUCCAUAUACCAACAAAGUUAUGUUCUUGUAUA